AAGAAUGAACAAGGAGAAUGUCUUGCGCACAACCAGUGCGGGUUUCGAAGAAAUUACGCCGGAACAGAGGGCAAGAAUAUCGCAGAAGUUCAGAGCUGCAAAGGCACUUCUUGCUCGUAAGAGGCCUCGUGAUGCCACAACCUCUCCCGCUCAACGUUCUCUCAAAAAUGAAGGGAUGUAUCUUAGGAGGGACCCACCGGCUCUGGCUUCUGGGAACCAAACAAUUCCACUUGCAAUGAUAGAUAUAAACACUCCUUCUCCAAUUCCUAUUAAAGGGUCAAGAAUAAGGGAUGCCAAGUGUAUUAGAUCAUGCCCAGAAAGGUUAUCCAUCAAGAACACUGACAGUCAUUCGCAAAAUGGUGGUGCAAGGAUGGGGGAGGCUCUGACGGAUAAUGGAUUGGUGGCGACAUCUAUCAUUGCACCAGGGCAGCAAUCAGAAUGCUCUAGUUUAACUGAUACUUUUUCUUCUCCUAGUGUAUUUGUUGAAGAAUUUGAGGAUUCUGUUCUGAAAGAAAUUGAUGCCUUAUGCGAGCAGAAAUCAGCAACAAAGACAGAAAGUAUCAAUUUUACGGUUGACAGUCAGUCGAAUCAGAACAGUAUUGGCAAUCAGUCUGAUAAGGAGUCUAUUACAGCUCAGUCGCUUGAGGAAAUUGGUUGCAUAUUGAGCUUAAGGGAUGAGCCAGAGAAAGGGUCCGAUGGGUCAGGUAAUUCUCAUGCCAUGGAGACUGGGAGUCUGCCAGAAGCUUAUUCUGAAUAUUUGCAGUCUCUGAAUGACAAACAGCGGGAGGCAGCUUGCAGUGAUGUUUCAGUCCCUCUAAUGAUUGUUGCAGGCCCAGGAAGUGGAAAGACAUCAACAAUGGUUGGGCGUGUUUUGAUGCUGCUUUGCAAGGGCAUUGAUCAAUCCCAUAUUCUGGCCAUGACCUUCACAAUAGCUGCUGCCUCUGAGAUGAGAAAUCGGAUUGGUUUGGUGGCAGGGAAAUCAGUAGCAAAGGAACUUACAAUCAGUACUUUCCACUCAUUUUGCUUGCAACUUUGCUGUUCACAUGCUGAGAAGUUGGGCCGCACAUCGGAGUUCCUGAUUUAUGGGCAUGGGCAACAAAGGCGAGCAAUCAUUGAGGCUGUACGUUUAUUGGAAAAUGAAAGAAAGAAUGAACAAAACCUUCCUUGUGAACCUGAUGAGGGCUUUUGUGAUUUAAAAUAUUGCAAAGAUAAGUCAAAAAAGUGGCAGAAGUUUGUAACUCGGGCUAAGGCUUCUGGAAAGACUCCUGCCGAAUGCCGAAAAAUGGGUGACGAGAUAGGAGCUACAAUUCUUCGGAACUAUAAUGAAAUUUUGAGAUCGUGUAAUGCUCUGGAUUACCAUGAUCUAAUCAGUUGUUCUGUUGAGCUUCUCACUGGUUUUCCUGAAGUGUACGACGAGUUGCAGAAGUCAUGGAAAGCCAUUGUAAUUGAUGAAUUUCAGGAUACAAGUGCCAUGCAAUAUAGUCUUUUGAGGAUUCUUGCGUCUCAUAACCAUAUCACAAUUGUUGGUGAUGAAGAUCAGUCCAUUUUCAGUUUCAACGGGGCUGAUGUUUCUGGCUUUGAUUCAUUCCGUAAAGAUUUCCCAGACCACAAAGAGGUUAGAUUAACAAAAAACUAUCGCUCUACACGGUAUAUUGUGGAGGCUGCAUCAUCUCUUAUCCGUUAUAACAAAAAACGGUGCAAGUUAAAGCAAGUUUUCACUGAUAACUCUUCGGGUAAUAAGAUUAUUGUCAAAGAAUGCCACAAUGAGGAUGCACAGUGUGCAUUUGUUGUUGAUAAAAUUUUAGAAGCCACUUCUGAUGUUUCGGAUGCUAAGUGCUCUUUUGGCAGUAUAGCAAUUCUUUAUCGGAGGCAGGUUUCUGGGAAAUUAUUCCAAACAGCUUUCCGCUAUAGGAAAAUACCCUUUAACGUUCAUGGUGUGGCCUUCUACAGGAAAAAGGUAAUCAAAGCCAUUAUGGCUAUGCUUCGAACAACACUGCCUGGUUGUGAUGAUGGCCCAUUUCGUCAAGUGUUCAAGGCGUUAUUACCCUGUGACAAAGAAGAAAAGAAGAGGGUAAUUAAUUACGUUGAAAAAAUAUGCACUACUAGGAAAUGCAGCUUUAUAUCAGCUGCCUGCGAUAUCUUUGCUGCCAAGAUCUCUGGUACCUUCAAGAGGAGUCAACUUUGCCAAGGACGUAAGGUUUUGUCUACACUAGAAAUGAUAUCAAAACUCGUUCACAGGGAACAAUCAAUUUCAGUUGUCAUAACUUCAGUGGCGAACAUGUUGCCUCAGAAGUACCUUCUUGAGCAACGUGCUGUUGUAGAUGUCGAUGGCGGGAAACUAUUGAAUGAAGACAAUGACCUCAGAUCUGUCCUUCAGUAUUUAUUGGAUGAUGUCUCUGAUUUCUGGUCAACACAUUUUAGUAAUGAAGGAGAAAGUGACAGUAAAGAAGAAGAAAAAGGCUGCAUUUAUGUACUUAAGGCUUUUAAUGAUUAUAUAUCUGCCAGAGAGAGUGAAAAUUUUAGGUCCAGGAGACACAACAAUGAAAAUUCUGUCACAUUGACUACAAUUCAUCAGUCAAAAGGAUUGGAAUGGGACACUGUUUUUGUAGUCAAGGCAAAUGAAACUGAGAUUCCUUUGUUGCAUGAGUUUAAUGGUGUUGUUAACGAAAAUGAGACCUCUCUUGAGGAGGAACGACGUUUGUUGUAUGUGGCAAUGACUCGUGCUCGGAAGAAACUCUACAUUUUAUAUGUUAUUAUGAAUUCAAAUUGGCAGUUGCUUCAACCCUCACGUUUUCUUAAAGAAAUUCCAGAACAUCUCCGGGAGGUCCAGGGUGAGUUGUCUAUGAAGAUACAAAAUAUGCCUGGGAAGCAUUCUGAAGUGACUGCUCAGUUAGCCAUUGCAGAACCAGGAUGCGAACAAUCCGCUAGAACGGAUUUGGUACAAGCUGAUUCUGGUAAUGUUCAAUUUGAUGAGGUUUCAGAAUCAGAACUGGUUGUAGCAUCUGAUGGGAAUAACUUUCUAAGAAGGUUCAGUGUAGAGGACCGAUCAAUUGUCUCCCGUUUAUUCCAUCAAUGGGCAACUAAGAAAGCAUUUCAAGACCCAAAGCGGUUGCUAGACAAGGUUGGAUUUGUAAUUGAUGAACGGCUAAGAAUCAAAACAUGCAAAAGCAAGGAUGUUUUGCGUGCACUGAAGUCUUGUUUGAGGAGUGAUGAAGCAUUUCAAUACGCUGGAUAUGUUUUGAGAUGGGAACAAAUCCCAGCUGAUCAGCGUGCUCAUCUGUUGAGGGAGAAGCAGGAACAUUUCCAGAAGCUGAGGAUUGAGAAUGCAAUGGGUUCAUCAGCAGCUACACCCAAACAGAUUUCUUAUCUUCAGAACCUGGGUUGCACUGUAGUCCCUACUUCCCGUCUCCAUGCCUCUCGCUUGAUUGAGCAGUACAAGUCCCUGUGAUGAGAGUUGGCCUUUAGGAUUUAGAUUUGUAAACCCAGUUUGUAAAUGUACCUUAUAAUGCCAAGAUGAUGUGGAACUAUGAAAGGAAGGUGUCUUAUUAUUAUCUCUUUUCUCAUAUAGAGUUAAUAGUAUUUAUUAGGAAUGAGAGCCAGUUUUCAUUGUAACUAAAGUGGAUUCCCUUUAAGGGUAUAUUUUAAAGAGAAUUUUCUUUAAAAUAGGUGA